AUGUCUCAACCGUACGAAAAUCCGGUUGACCGUCGCAAAUGGACACCAGAAGAAGAUGGCAUGUUGAAAAUGGCUAUGAACAAUCUUAAAGAUUGCCGAGAAACCCGUUGGACAGAAAUUGCCGCUAGCGUACCCGGCCGAUCGGCGAAGGCCUGUCGUAAACGCUGGGUCAAUGGAUUAAAUGACCGCCUCAAGAAAGGAUCUUGGAUGAAGGAGGAGGAUGAUCGUCUCCGAGAAGCUGUAGCAAUUAUGUCCAAUGAUUGGGCAAGGAUUGCCGAAUAUGUCGGGCAGCGCUCGGGUGAUCAGUGUAGCAAGCGGUGGCGCGAAGUUAUUGACCCAGCUAUUAACAAAACUUCUUGGACUAACGAAGAAGACGAGCUACUAGUAAGCCUGUUUCAUAAGCAUGGUUCUUGCUGGCAAGUCAUAUCAACUCAUUUUAACAACCGGCGCGCUCUGCAAUGCCGCAAUCGAUGUUGCAAGUUGCUUGGCUUGCACGCUCACCCUCGUAAGAAAGCGUGCAACUAUGAAAAGCUAAGCCCCUUGUCCUCUGAGUUUGUAUGCUCGCCCAUCGUGAGUCCGACACUGCAGGCAGAUUCAACGGGUGUGGCACCUCUCCAAAACGGAUCUCACGAUGCUACUGUUCCUGGAGAUAUGCUAAACUUAAAUAACCUUUUCUCUACUCCAGCAGAAAGUACAACACCGAAUAAACAUUCACUUGGUGUUUCUGAAGAAGCCAAUUUAAUGAAUUAUGCAAGUCAGCUUGAACCAAGCAGCAACAACACUACCACGUCUUAUCCAAGUAAUCCGUGCAAUGAUUAUAACGAUGUGCAAACAAUGCAAUUCAUUGAAGCAUGGAGUAGAGUGCAAGGUUAUGCCUCGGCUGAACGCAAAGGACCACCAGCAGCUUUAAACCUUGACCUAGAGACAACGCUAUUCUCUAUGUCGACACCAACUGAGCCAAACUAUUCGCCUUUCUUGGACUCGGCAGUCUCGCUUCCAUCUAGCACUCUAACUACACCAUGUACUCAGGGUUUGACUGAUGCCUUUGUCCUCAAUAACUACGAUACAAUUAACGGCAUGCAGCAGCCUUUGCUUGCAACUUCAAACUCUUGCGACGAAAGCGCCAAAGAAUUCUUUCUUCCGAAUCAUUCAUAUCAUUUUAACAAUGAAUGCAUGGCGGAUACUGUCAAGUUACCUUCAUCAGAGAGCACGGCGUCAUAUGAGGGAUACCUACAAACGGCCAUUCAAAAUCCGGUAUUGGUUAGCGAACCAAUACAAUUAGAUCCCUUCAACAUUCAACCAUAUAGGGCAUACUAG